CACCCUGUUCCUCCUCGGGCGUUUCUCCCCUCAACCCGGAAUUCCAGGGACGAGGAGCACCCGGACGGGCCUGCAUGUCCCUCACCCCCAUCCCAUAGAAGGGAAACGUUCCGGCCCACACGAAGCCUCUCGGGCAGGGGCUAGUGCUAGGCGCGGUUGUGCGCGGCGCGGGCAGAGGCUUGGUCAGCAGGCGGCCACGCUGGGAGGGCCGGCAGAAGGGUGGCCCCGGGAAAGCAACGGCCAUAACUUGGCGGCCGGGCUGGCCAUACAGCGGGCCGAGAAAACCGAGGGCAGAGGGUAGAACGGCGCGCGCGGAGCUCGCAUCCGCCAUCGACAACCGGGAUUUAAAAGCGGUUUCCGGAAGCCAGGACGGCAUCCCCAUGACAACCGACGAGCGCUGUUUGAGGCCUUUGCCUUAGGACAAGGGAAACAACUUUGAUUUGGAGGAACUGCACCUCUCUCCCUCGGUGCUGAGGAGGGAGCCAGAAGCUGUUUUCUGAGGAACUGUGGGAUGUGCCCUUGGAGGCCCAAGGAAACAGAAAGAAGAUGCUCCAAACCAGUAACUAUAGCCUGGUGCUCUCCCUGCAGUUCCUGCUACUGUCCUAUGACCUCUUUGUCAAUUCCUUCUCCGAGCUGCUCCGAAUGGCGCCUGUCAUCCAGCUGGUGCUCUUCAUCAUCCAGGAUAUUGCAGUCCUCUUCAACAUCAUCAUCAUUUUCCUCAUGUUCUUCAACACCUUCGUCUUCCAGGCUGGCCUGGUCAACCUCCUCUUCCGUAAGUUCAAAGGGACCAUCAUCCUGACAGCUGUGUACUUCGCCCUCAGCAUCUCCCUUCAUGUCUGGCUCAUGAACUUACGCUGGAAAAAUUCCAACAACUUUGUCUGGACAGGUGGACUUCAAACACUAUUUGUAUUCCAGAGACUAGGUUCUGCUUUCACUCUGAAAUGAAGACCCAGCAGCAUCCCUGGGGCUGCUUUUCUGCUUGUUACCCACAGCGGCAGUGCUGUACUGUUACUUCUACAAACGGACAGCCGUGAGACUGGGUGAUCCUCGUUUCUACCAGGACUCUCUGUGGCUGCGCAAGGAAUUCAUGCAAGUCCGAAAGUGACCUCUUCUUGUCUCACUGAUGGAUGCCUUUCCUUCCCAACAGAAGCCAGAUUUGUUGCUCUGCGGGGGUUGGCCCUAUGCACAAGGAAACAGGUUGACUUUCCUAGCACAGGAUCAGGCCACUUGUGUUCAGCAGUCAAGAAGGAGGAUCCUCCCUCUUGCAAAUUAAAGUGUUCCCCAUUACAGACCAGUACAUAGCCCUUACUUACCUCCUACCUCAGUUCCAUACCCCCUCCUUUUCUGCUCUAUACUGAUCACUGCUCUCUGAAUCCUCUUCCUCACAGAGUUCUAUGGCUCUUACCUUUGAGAGGCUUUUCCUUUAGCCUGGUACAGGAGUACUUUCCAGCACCCACUUUCCUUGCACCACAAGCUAAUGACUGAAGGAUGCAACAAGUGAUAUUUAUAUGCUCCUGACUCAUCACACCUCAGACAUUUAGAUUUUUAUACCCAAGGUACAUUUUUUACAUUUUAUAAAUAGGAAAUAAAUUGAUUUCUUUUUCCAUAAA